AUGUCGUCAUCGUCCGCAAUGCCCUCCUCCCCCUUGGGCAGGAUCGGCGGCCAAACCCGAAGCACAGACCAAGACCGUCUCGACCCUCUCGCUCUCGGUCGUUCGAACAACACUUCGGGCGUCAGCGCCAGCGCUCGCCGAGCCUUCACUCCCGGCACAUCAGAAGCAGGCUCCCUCAACCUCGAACGUCAACUUCGAGGUCAAUACGAAGAUAGCACCGUCAACGGCGACUCCUCCCGCCCUGUGGACGAAGACGCUACCCCUCGUAGACCUCGUCCUCGUGCUGCUGUCGACACACAAGACAUCCCUCCUGUUGUCGAUGAAGUCGGUGAACGUGUGCGUGAAGGUUUUGCACAGUUCCUCGAGAGCUUUGUCGACCAACCUCUUUCCGGCUCUCCCGAUCCCAACGGCGAGAAAGUACAGGACCCACUCUACAUCGACCAGAUCUACGCACUGCGCGACUACAACCGUACUACACUCUUCGUUGACUUCAGCCACAUCCUUCGCCAUGACGAGGUUUUGGCACGUGCCAUCAGCGAUCAGUACUACCGUUUUGUGCCUUACCUCCGCCGUGCGCUGCUCGACUUGGUCAACACAUACGUGCCCAACUAUCUCUACCUCAACGCACACGUGGCUGCUACUGCCUCGUCUGGUCUCAUCCACCGUGACUUUAGCGUCUCUUUCUACAACCUUGGUCUUGUCUCGGGUAUUCGUGACUUGCGAACGGAUCGAGUAGGCAAGCUCGUUUCGAUCAGCGGUACAGUGACGAGGACAAGCGAGGUCAGGCCGGAGUUGCUGUACGGUGCAUUCACCUGCACGUCUUGCACAACAACGGUGCGAGAUGUAGAGCAGCAGUUCAAGUAUACCGAGCCUGUCAUGUGCCGCAACCCUGUCUGUCAGAACAGAAGGGAGUGGCAACUCAAUGUCGAUCAGAGUCGAUUCUGCGAUUGGCAAAAGGUGCGCAUUCAAGAGAACGCCAACGAGAUCCCUACUGGUAGCAUGCCUCGCAGUCUCGAUGUCGUUCUGCGAUCGGAGAUCGUGGAGCGUGCCAAGGCUGGUGACAAGUGCGUGUUCACGGGUACUUUCAUUGUUGUUCCUGAUGUGUCGCAGCUCGGUGUGCCCGGUGUUAAUGCUCAGAUCCAGAGGGAGGCUCAGGGUGGUCGACCUGCAGAGGGAGUCAACGCGCAGGGUGUUUCCGGUCUCAAGAGUCUCGGUGUGCGUGACUUGACGUACAAAACCGCCUUCCUCGCAUGUAUGGUGCAAAGCGCCGAUGCUAGGGGAGGAAACGAUAUCCGAGCCGAGUUCACCGACGACAACGAAGAUCCCGAAACCCUCAUGGACUCGCUCACCGAAGCUGAGAGGGACGAACUGGAAGCCAUGGUCAUGUCGGAAGACAUUUACAGUCGUCUCGUCCAGUCCAUCGCUCCCACCGUCUACGGUCACGAUAUCGUCAAGAAGGGUAUCUUACUUCAACUCAUGGGUGGUGUCCACAAAUCCACAAAGGAAGGCAUGCGUUUGCGUGGCGAUAUCAACAUCUGCAUCGUUGGUGAUCCUUCCACGAGCAAAUCGCAGUUCCUCAAGUACGUCUGUGGCUUCAUGCCUCGUGCUGUCUACACUUCGGGCAAGGCAUCUUCCGCCGCUGGUCUCACCGCAGCCGUCGUCAGGGAUGAGGAGACUGGCGAGUUCACCAUCGAAGCUGGAGCGCUCAUGUUGGCAGAUAAUGGUAUCUGUGCUAUUGACGAGUUCGACAAGAUGGACGUCUCUGACCAAGUGGCUAUCCACGAAGCCAUGGAACAGCAGACGAUCUCCAUCGCCAAAGCCGGCAUCCAAGCUACACUCAACGCUCGCACUUCCAUCCUUGCAGCCGCUAACCCAGUCGGUGGACGAUACAACCGCAAGCAAACCCUUCGAGCCAAUGUGGCAAUGUCUGCACCUAUCAUGUCUCGUUUUGAUCUCUUCUUUGUCGUUCUGGAUGAAUGCAACGAGUCGGUGGAUAUGAACAUUGCACAGCACAUUGUCAACGUUCAUCGUUUCCGCGAUGCUGCAAUCGACCCGGAAUUCAGCACGGAAGCGAUUCAGCGAUACAUUCGAUACGCCAGAACGUUCCAGCCCAAGCUCACCCCCGAAGCGAGCGACGUGCUGGUGGACAAAUACCGUCAGUUGCGACAGGACGAUUCUGGUCCAGGCAAGAACUCGUACCGCAUCACCGUCCGUCAACUUGAAAGUAUGAUCCGUCUUUGCGAAGCCAUUGCGCGUGCCAACUGUCGACACGAGAUCACACCGGCUUUCGUUCGCGAAGCCUACUCGUUGUUGCGUCAAUCCAUCAUCCACGUCGAAAAGGACGAUAUCGAUUUCGACGAGGAAGAAGAGCAAGAGCAGCUACGUGCUCAAAAGCAGGCAUCUCAACCUGCUACCGCUCAACCUUCCUCCUCGCUCGGUGCAAUGGAUGAAGACUCCAUGGAUCCCAACAAUGAAUCCCUCGGCGACGCCCGUGCUUCCUCCUCUGCUGCAGGUGCAACUGCAGACCCAUCGAGUUCGGCAGCAUCGAAGCGUAAAAUCCGCAUCACCUUCGACCGAUACAUGGAGAUCGCCAACCUCGUUAUUCUUCGUGUCAACGAAGUCGAACGUGCCACCAUGCGAGGUAUCCCCAAAUCCGAAUUGGUGGAUUGGUACCUCCUCCAGCGCGAAAACGAGAUCGAAACUGUCGACCAGUUCGAAGAGGAGACAGAACUCAUCAAGAAGGUGCUAACCAAGUUGGUCAAGGACUCGAUGCUGUUAGAGUUAAGAGAACAGAUCGAUGAGGAUGGAAACCCGAUGAGCAGUGUUGAUGGUUCAGGAUCGAGUGCAGGUGAUCCUAUUCUGAUGGUUCAUCCUCAGGUCGAUAUUGAUAGUAUUGGUGCUGCUAGCUCUGCGUAG